AUGACCUACCUCCUGUGCAGUAGUUUUAAUAAUAACAUCGGUAUAGCGCAGGACAGCAUUUAUGCAAGAUCCUAUGGACAUGUAUCACCACACCCCAAUACAAGUGUCACCACACCUCAUAUACAAGUGUCACCACGCCUCCGAUACAAGUCACCACACCUCCUAUACAAGUGUCACCACACCUCAUAUACAAGUGUCACCACACCCCAAUACAAGUGUCACCACACCUCUAUACAAGUAUCACCACACCUCCAAUGCAAGUGUCACCACACCUCCAAUACAAGUGUCACCACACCUCUAUACAAGUAUCACCACGCCUCCGAUACAAGUCACCACACCCCCAAUACAAGUCUCACCACACCUUUGAUACAAGUGUCACCACACCUCAUAUACAAGUGUCACCACACCUUUAAUACAAGUGUCACCACACCUCAUAUACAAGUGUCACCACACCUCCAAUACAAGUAUCACCACGCCUCCGAUACAAGUGUCACUACACCUCCAAUACAAGUCUCACCACACCUCCAACACAAGUCUCACCACACCUCCAAUACAAGUUUCACCACACCUCAUAUACAAGUGUCACCACACCUCCAAUACAAGUGUCAUCACACCUCCAAUACAAGUGUCACCACACCCCAAUACAAGUGUCACCACAACUCCAAUACAAGUGUCACCACACCUCCAAUACAAGUGUCACCACACCUCCAAUACAAGUGUCACCACACCUCCUAUACAAGUGUCACCACACCUCCUAUACAAGUGUCACCACACCCCAAUAAAAGUGUCACCACACCCCAAUACAAGUGUCACCACACCUCCAAUACAAGUGUCACCACACCUCUAUACAAGUGUCACCACACCUCCUAUACAAGUGUCACCACACCUCUAUACAAGUGUCACCACACCUCUAUACAAGUGUCACCACACCUCCAAUACAAGUGUCACCACACCUCCAAUACAUGUUUCACCACACCUCUAUACAAGUGUCACCACACCUCUAUACAAGUGUCACCACACCUCCAAUACAAGUGUCACCACACCUCCAAUACAAGUGUCACCACACCUCUAUACAAGUGUCACCACUCCUCCUAUACAAGUGUCACCACACCUCUAUACAAGUGUCACCACACCUCUAUACAAGUGUCACCACACCUCCAAUACAAGUGUCACCACACCUCCAAUACAAGUGUCACCACACCUCUAUACAAGUGUCACCACACAUCCUAUACAAGUGUCACCACACCUCUAUACAAGUGUCACCACACCUCUAUACAAGUGUCACCACACCUCCAAUACAAGUGUCAUCACACCUCCAAUACAAGUGUCACAUACCUCCAAUAUAAGUGUCAUCACACCUCUAUACAAGUGUCACCACACCUCCAAUACAAAUGUCACAACACCUCCAAUACAAGUGUCACCACACCUCCAAUACAAGUGUCACCACACCUCUAUACAAGUGUCACCACACCUCCAAUACAAAUGUCACCACACCUCCAAUACAAGUGUCACCACACCCCAAUACAAGUGUCACCACACCCCAAUAAAGUGUCACCACACCUCCAAUACAAGUGUCACCACACCUCUAUACAAGUGUCACCACACCUCUAUACAAGUGUCACCACACCUCCAAUACAAGUGUCAUCACACCUCCAAUACAAGUGUCACAUACCUCCAAUACAAGUGUCAUCACACCUCUAUACAAGUGUCACCACACCUCCAAUACAAGUGUCACCACACCUCUAUACAAGUGUCACCACACCUCUAUACAAGUGUCACCACACCUCCAAUACAAGUGUCACCACACCUCCAAUACAAGUGUCACCACACCUCUAUACAAGUGUCACCACACCUCCAAUACAAGUGUCACCACACCUCAAUACAAGUGUCACCACACCUCCAAUACAAGUGUCACCACACCUCUAUACAAGUGUCACCACACCUCUAUACAAGUGUCACCACACCUCCAAUACAAGUGUCACCACACCUCCAAUACAAGUGUCACCACACCUCUAUACAAGUGUCACCACACCUCCAAUACAAGUGUCACCACACCUCAAUACAAGUGUCACCACACCUCCAAUACAAGUGUCACCACACCUCCAAUACAAGUGUCACCACACCUCUAUACAAGUGUCACCACACCUCUAUACAAGUGUCACCACACCUCUAUACAAGUGUCACCACACCUCUAUACAAGUGUCACCACAUCCCGGGACCACUACAUGUUGGCAGUGUUUCAUAGGUCACUAG